AUGAGUGAUAAAAAUUUUUAGAGAGAUGAUUAUUUACUUUUAGCGUAGUUAGCUCAGUAAACAGAGAGAUUCAACGAGAUGGUAGAAUUUGUUGGAAAGUUCAUUUAAUAAAAUGGAUAGUUAACAUAAGAAGAAAGAGCUAUUGUUUCAGCAGCAUAUAAAAAUUUAGUUGGAAAUAAAAGAGCAGAUUUAAGAGUGUUAACUGCUAUUGAAUAAAAAGAGUCUCGCAAAUAGCAAUCUUAAGAAGUUACCAACAAUCUAUAAUACAUAAGAAAUUACAAGCAAAAGAUAGAAAAAGAAUUACGUUUAUAUUGUUCUGACAUAAUAAACACUUUAGAUAAUACUCUUAUUCCUAAAUCCUAGGAUGAUGAAUUUGCUUGUUUCUAUUAUAAAAUGAAAGGCGAUUAUAACAGAUAUCUAGCAGAGUUUUUAGUUGAUGAUGAAUAUAAUAAAGCAGUAGAAUCUUGUUAAAAUGCCUACAAAGAUGCAAAUAAUAAAGCUUAAUCCUUAGAUCCAACCAAUCCCAUCAAAUUAGGUUUAUUACUGAACUAAUCAGUAUUUUAUUAUGAAAUAUUGUAAAAAACUGAAAAAGAUGGAUUAGCAGUCAAAACAGCUUAGGAGGCUUAUUAAAAUGCAAUAGCAAAUAUAGAUAAAAUAAAGGACGAGCAUUAUAAAGAUACAGCCUUAAUUAUGCAACUAUUACAAGACAAUAUAACUCUAUGGUCUACAGAAUCAUAAAUAGAUGAUUAAUAAAAUAUUGAAUGA